CACCCCACCUUCCGUGUGUGUGUUUUUUAAAUAGCUGGUAUUUAAAGUGACCCAUUUAUAGCAAAUACACAGGAAGGGAUGCUAUCCCCGCACGGUUGCGAUACAUACAAGACUUCCGGAUCAACAUUAGAUUGUAGAGAAAUGUGCUGAUUUCUGCUGAGUCCAAUUUCCACCGUGCAACUAACGCGACUGAAGCCCAUUGUGUCUCUCCACAGAUCUCCCUGCAGCAUUCUCCGGAAAACUGUUGCUUUUUGAUUGUUUUCGACUUUCAGCUACAAUUGGGGCGAGUUGAUCGGCCGGUGUUUGAGAUGCCGGAGCGGGCUGAGCUGGAGGUAAGAAGAAGAGACCGAAGGGUCUGACAGGAAUUGAGCUGUUUAAAGUGGACGCGAUGGAGCGGAGAGAGCAGGUACUCCUAAUUCUGUGAGGAGAGAUGCUGAAGGCAUUACUCAUGUUGCUGCAGUCGGCAUAAACCUCAAAAAUGAUGAAUUUUCGGAAGACCAAGUUUGCAAGAUUUAUGAAUAACAGAGUGCCUGCCAAUCGAAGAUAUGAACCCACAGAGUAUGAACAUGCGGCAAACUGUGCUACCCAUGCAUUCUGGAUUAUCCCCAGCAUUCUUGGAAGUUCCAUCCUCUGUGGCCUUUCAGAUGACCAAUGGGAAAUGAUCUCAGCAUGGAUCUAUGGGUUUGGGCUGUGUGGCCUUUUUAUAGUCUCCACUGUCUUUCACACCAUCUCCUGGAAGAAAAGCCAUUUCCGAACAAUAGAGCAUUGCUUCCACAUGUUUGACAGGGUGGUGAUCUACUUCUUCAUUGCUGCGUCUUAUGCCCCCUGGCUGAAUCUUCGAGAGCUGGGCCCUUGGGCAUCUCACAUGCGCUGGAUCAUAUGGAUAAUGGCCUGUGUAGGAACCAUCUAUGUGUUUCUGUUUCAUGAACGGUAUAAAAUUGUGGAAUUGAUCUGCUAUAUGAUCAUGGGCAUCUUUCCUGCACUCGUCAUUCUAUCAAUGCCAAACACCGCUGGACUGUCUGAAUUGCUGGUGGGUGGUUUCUUCUACUGCCUCGGAAUGUUGUUCUUCAAGAGCGAUGGUCGGAUUCCAUUUGCACACGCAAUCUGGCACCUCUUUGUGGCUAUCGGAGCAGGUGUCCAUUACUAUGCCAUCUGGAGGUAUCUUUACCGUCCGGCUAUGUUGGAAAUGAGGACUUCCAAGUGAUCCGAUUGCAAUCUGUGAGGAAUAGUGCACAAAGUGAUCAAAAAGGAAAAGAUUGCAGCAAACAAAAUGGCUUGAGAACAUUACAGGGAUCUCUGGAUCACGAUAUAAAGGCGUAAAAAUCAAAACCAGAUACUCUGGGAUCUGCUGCAGAUCUUUCAGCACUGAAUUGCCAAGUCAAAGGCCAGUAUUAAACACAGAUUCAGAGAUACGCACGGACACAAUAGCAUUCAGACACAAACACACACAGAUACACACACAAAAACACAAACAAGUACAGGACACACAACAGAUAUUGACAUAUGUACACAACAAAUACACAGAUACAAAUGUACACACAGGCAUUCCGUCAAACUGUAGACUGGACUAGCAUUCAUAGCUGCACCAUAAUUUUUCACUAACCACUGAGUUUUAUAGUCACACUUCUCCCCAAAAAAAACUUGAAUUCUUAUUAGCGGUGUAUAUUUGCUAGACGCAGUUGCACCUUAAUAGUUCAUUUUUCUGUGAAAAGUACAAGUAAAAAUAGUGUUUUCUUCUAGAACAUUCUUAAUUAACCUGUGGACUCGGUAACAGGCUGUCUUUACCAGAAAUUGACACAGUUGAUAAUCUGUCGCAUUGUCUUAACUAUUUCGUGCAGCUAUCAGAUUUGGGGACAUUUACCCUUAACUACUGAUUUACACAAUUAUAACACGUUGUUUUCUCAGAAUGGACAAAGGCAGGGUAGAAAAUGGACCUUAUGGCACUUGAUUUUCAGGAUAAUGCUAAACCCUGUGCUCUGAAGGGUACCUAAAAUACUGACCUUAGAUAAUGUAGGCAUCCUAAGCAGUCACUUAGAGGAGGCAAGAACCUCCUCACCGACUCAACUGAGAGGUCUAAAGCCCAUUUAAUAAACACUCAACAAAAUUAGACAGCGCAGGGAGCAGGCUUGUCCCACUCCAGAUUUUAUGGGAUUGCUGCAGCCUUGCCAGUAACUGCUGCCAAAACGUGUGACCAAUUUUUGAGUGGCGCGGUUGUGCUCUUGCCAGCCCGGACCACACCCUUGGGUCACUGCCCUCUCAAAAUCUCAACACCUCCACCCCACUCUCCCUUCCUUCCAGUUUAUCUCCUUUUUCCACUAUCCCUCACCUUCACUCUCCAGGUCACCUCAAAGCCACGUGUAGCCUAAAUUGGAUUUGGCCACCGCUAUGCCAGUCACUCCUCCAAAGGCAGCUCAAGUCAGGCCAGAGGUGCAAUUUCAGCCAGCUUUGACCUUCCUAGCCACGGUGAAUUUUUAGCCUAGAGUUUUAAAGACAAGAGACACUUAACUCAAGAUCUUUUCUAUACCUUACUAAUUCAUAUCUUCUCCCCUUUCAUGAGAAUUUCUGGGGAAAUUUUUCAGUACCUUACCUCUGUGACCUGUCUCCAUAACAACACAAUUGUCAGCAGGUUAGCUGGCUAUGGUGGGCAUCACAACUGAGGCCCUGCGUCUCCACCUCUGUAGAAGCUGGUGGAUGUUUUUUAUUCUUCACUGUUACUUCAGUGACACUGCAGCCAUUCAUCCUGCCUGUACAGCCAUGGGCCUUGCCAGUGCAGCACAGAUCAGGGAUUCAACUAAGAACCUGCCUGUGUGUUCAGCUCAGUGUUGGAUAGUGUCUUGACACACCACUCCACAAGGGGGAGCCUUGCUUUCUUUUCCAAUCAUCUCCAAAAGGCAGGACUUUCAACUUACAACUUUUACAAAUUCUGUCAAACUUUAGAACAGCAUGUCUAAAAAUAUCUGCAGCACAGUGAAAAUGAUCUGGUUAAAUUUCCAUGUGAAAAAUGAGAGCGUUUAGGAUGGGUCUGAGUGGGAUGCUUCAAGGGGCAGUGUGGACUUGUUGGGCCGAAGGGCCUGUUUCUACACUGUAGGGAAUCUAAUCUAAUCUAAUCUAGACAAACACUGAAGCAGUAUUCAAUUCCAGUGUCUUGCUUAUUCAGAUGCAUAGUGUUAAAUACAAUUAUUUCCUAAAGGCACUUAAACACCUCCUAAUUUAAAAGAGGGCUGUCAUCUGCUCUGACUGACUGUUACAUUGGGUUGUAGUGGGACGGGAACUGGUUAUAUAUUGUACUGUAUAAGAGUUUUGAGGUCUUGCUAACACCCUUUGUGAACCGGGGAUGUUUUGGGGUAAAUCUUAAGCUCAUCACGACUAAGUAAGGAGUCAACUUAUGUCUCAAUACAGAGCUUCACUGGGAUUAAGGAAUUGGUUGUAGACACACUAUCUUGAAUGUCCUUGCUGCUAGACGUUGACAAGUGGAGGAGACUUCACAAAGUUUCACUGGUGUUAUUGUGGUGUUUAUUUAAAAUGUUUUGAUUUGCUUUUUAAAGGGCAGCAUUCCAGCUUAAACAAGUUAAAGGAGAAUUAUUGUAAUCAAGAACAAAUACUAAGUACCAUCCAUAGAUCUAAUCAAUCCCUUUCCGUCACAAGAACACUAACUGACAACAGUGUAACAUCACCUGACCUUGUCCCUAUCUCAGCCAUCAGCUGCUAAAACUUUGGCCAUGUCUGUAUUUCCUCAAAGCUUAAUUGCUCUAAUAUUCUCGCAUUCUAUCAACUGCAGCUUGUCCAAAACCCUGCGGCACAUAUCCUAUCUUGAGCUAAUUCCUGAUUGCCCAUCACCUUAUUCUCAUGGAUGCUGGUACUCCAUCUUUCAAAUCAAAACCCUUGUUUUUAAAUCGCUCCAUGAUUUUGCCUGCCUGUCCCCCCCAUCGCUAUGACUGCCUCUAGCCUUUUGGCCAGACGUUGCCUAAUAUUUCUUCUGUUGGGAUUCUUUUCAUUUUAAGUUUGAUAAUGUCUCUGUGAAGUGCCUUCUGAUAUUUACACAUGUUCAAGGUACUAUAUAAAUAUGGCUUAUUGUUGCUGUUGUAAACAGCCUGAGUUUCUAGAUUAUCUCUUUCUAGUACUGGGAUGGUGCCAAGACAACCUUUGCGUGAAAGUGCAAACAAUGGAGGGGUUGCCUUACCAGAGAGCAGAGGUGCUGGGAAUAUGACUGCUCCUGAGCACACAUCAAAUCAAAGCAUAGACAUUGACUCAAGGUUGUUUCUCAAACAGACAUUUUGGGCCAGAUCAGAGGACUGGGGUGAAAUAUUCUUGUUCGUGGUUAACCUGUAUAUACCUCCAGGGGCAGGUGGGAUUUGAACCUGGGCCUCCUGUUCUAGAGGUAGGGACUCAACCACUGCAGCACAAGAAUCUAAUGUGGUGAUCCCAAUGUUGAUUAAGAUGUAGCAUACACCAUUCAUAAAAUAUUCACUAUCUUUGGUCCACUUGUAUAGAGGGGUUUUCCUUAUUUUGCGCUGGUUUUCCCAUAUGUCACUAAUCAAAAAGCUAGACUGUUUGUAAACUGACAGCCAGUGGAUAGACAUGUGAAUGCACAUCGAAAAACCACUCGCAGUUGUCAGAAAUCAAAGAGGAUUUAUAGAAAUGUCAGAACACUUCAGGGGAAAUUAGGUCAAAUGCUCUGAACUGUCAGUGAGAAAUACUGAUUGCAUUUUAUGAAUAGCUGUACAAUAAACAGGAUCACUGUGUGAAACUGCACCAAUGAUCAAUUUAUACUAUCACUUGCACACCAGAGCAUUGCCAAUUUCUAAUACACCCCAUCUUACAGCUGGCAGUCUGCAACAUUUGGACAAUACCAUCACUGUCUCAAUCACAGACUACCUUUCAGCGGAAUCUAGGGAGAGAGAAAGAUCUUGAACUUAUCUAGCACCUUUCGCAACCUCAGGAUAUCCCGAAGCUUUUAAAGCCAGUUGAAUACUUUUGAAGCAUCGGCUAAGUUGUAAUGUUGGACACACAGCAGCCAAUUCUCAUACACAAGUUCUACAAACACAAGUAUGAUAAAGACUUGAGAGAUAAAUAUUGACCAGGACACAAAGGAGAACUCACUUGCUGCUCUUCUAAAUUGUACUGUAGUAUGAAAUCUUUUCCAUCCACCUAAAAGACAGGUACCUCCACAGUGCAACAUUUCCUAAGCUGAGUUUUGUGUUUAAGUCUCUGAAGUGAGACCUCCACCCCAGCCUCCUGACUUAAAGGGAAAAGUACUCUCAAUUGAGCCCAUGCUGAAUGCCAUCUUAUAUCUGCCAAGACAGCAGUAUAAAUAGGCAUUGGUCACUUGUUUACAGUAAUUCUGUCAGUAAAAUACCUGUAAGCCACCGAAUCUACCACACAGAAAGAAGCCAUUGUGCCUGUGUUAACUCUUUGGAAAGGCUGAGUAAUUAGUCUUACUCCUCAUUUCUUUCCUUAUUGCCCUGAAAAUGUUUUCGUUUUCAGGUGUAUGCCCAAUUUCCUUGAGAAACCUAUUAUUAAAUCUGCUGUCACCAUCUUUUCGGGCACUGCCUUCCAGAUCAUAACUAAUUGAUGCAUCAAAAAAUGCCCCUUCUCUUCCCUCUGGUCCUUUGCCACUUAUGUUAAAUCUAUCUUUUUCCCUCCUGUAAAAGGAAACAGUCUUUCCAUUUGUAGUUAUUCAUUUCUAUAAAAUCUCCCAUCACCUUCUCUGCCUGCUUUAAGGAGAACAGCCCUGGCUUCACUAGUAACGUCCUACUUCAUUUUUUUGUCUGGUGCUGUUGCACUAAAAUAACUGAUGUCUCAAUGAUUUCAAUUAUUUAACCAGGAUCCAUUGCUUUUUUUAUUUAUUAAUCGGACCCUUCACAAUUCCCAUCAAAUUUUAUUGAUGCUGAGUAUUUUGGUUUAGAAUUGAGGGCCAGUUUACCCAAAGUAUUGGUUAACACUAUUGAUCUAUCAGUGUUUUGCAAAAUUCCCUUUAGAAUCACACUGGUUCAUUUCUUGAGUGCAAAAUUCUUCUGUAUACUGUUUUAAUGCAUUCAUUAGCCCACUUAAAAUAAACAGGUUAAUGACUUCAUUGAAUUAAAACAGAGAUGUGUAAAAUGAAUAUUGUAUUCACAAGGGAAAUUAAACAUUUUAGUCUAUUACUGAGGGUAGUUCAUUUUACUUGUUUUAUGUAAAAGAAGUAAAAAUUUUUAGAACUCUGUAUCUGGUUCAUAGGGAAACAAAAUUAAUUCUUCUGUGUAUCCAGGUUCGUCAAAAAUCAGUCAUGAGCAUUACAUUUUUUAUUCAAAAAUGUGGUUAUUUCUUUUCUCUGAACCCCACGUUAAUUAAAUCUUAUAUAGAGUUCUUUACUCUGAUUUGCCAACUGAGCCAGUAUCACCGGAAUUAGUAUAUCUUCCACUGAGGUGCCAAAACCCAACCGUGUCCCUGAAAAAGAUAGAUGAGCAAUUGAGUUGAGAGACAAUGCGAAAUCAUUGCAUGGACCUGUUUGGCUGAGGUAUGAAAUUACACUUGGAUCUGACUCACCUACAAGAGCGACGUUACAUUUUACGGUGAUGCAUUAGAACAAUGGGAAAAGUCUACUUGGCUCCAAAUGCCAGUCCCUCUUAUUUGAUAGGUCAAUUCCACAUUCACACCAUGGGAUCUCUCAAAGCCUUUUCUCCAGAGAAGCAAGGAACUGCCAGUUUAUAUGGUCCAGUUCAGUGACCAUACCUGAUAAAAUAUUUCACAAUCUAUUCCCCUUUGGAUGUAACAACUCCUAUCAGCAUGCUUCUUACUCUUUAAUACCUUUUAACUGGAUCUUGUGCCUCCCAAUAUUUAAACGUUUACGUCACAGUGAACAAAUUGCUUUGAUCAAGCUGUCAAAUUAAGUUGCUGUGAAGCUUUGAAUGUAAAAGGCAUCCUUUGACAUCUCACUUCUGAUUAGAAUCAACAUCUCCAUUAUCACCUUGACUACAUUGUUUCUGAGAUUCUAUAUAUUCAUUCUGGAAGAAUCAAAUCUAAUUAUGAUUCAUUUUACUUUGCUGAUACCUGAAAAUAUCACCAUGCUUUAAGAAUAGGAGCACCCAUCUUUGUCAAGACCCGUCGAGCCUUGUGCAAACAAUGCAUAAAUAAUGCAUGUUAAAAAGAAAUUGCAAUGUACUUUCCUUAAAAUGGUGUCAUUAUAUGUUGUUGGGUCAUAAAUAAUGUUUGUACAGUAUUAAUGUAGCCCCAUGUUAACAAAUUGCACAUUGAACUGAGGCAAAAGAGAAUGUGAUAGGGGAUACCUGUAAGUCACCCCGUGCAAAAUUGGGAGUGAUCAGCUCAGAAGCGCAUCUUGGGAAUCUUAGGCCAAGAAGGGAGAUCCCCAUAAUGUAUUGGUAAUGUCAAGGCCAACCAAGUCCAGAAAAGUUGCAAAAUGAAGGAACACAGUCAUUCAUGUUACUCACUUCAGGAACUUCUAACCGUGCUGCCUAUAACUUGGACUAAUCUGCAGUCUCUGCUUUUUACUGUUUUGUACUGUCUACAACAGGUAGUGUUAAAUUUUAACUUUGCAUGAUUUGAGAGUUCUAUGAAACUUUGAUACUGACUUUGGAUCUGACUAAAACAUAAGAAGCGAAUGUUUUCUGUAAAAAUAUGGGUCUGUUCUUUGGUGACUUGAGUAUUUUAUAGACAAGAUAAUUUAUGGUUCUUGUAAUAGUUAUUCCUAAUGUCAUAUGGAGAUUAAA